AUGAUACUGUAUGCUGCGCUUCUCUGUGCGGCCAUCUUCAUGUGGAGGAGGCUGCGUACUCCGCGAUUCUCGUUGGACAAAGUACCUGGACCUCCAUCAGGGUCCUUCCUAUUGGGCAACGCGCUCCAGCUAUCUGACAGACAGGGCUGGGAUUUUCAUGCAAGUAUCGCGCAGAAGUACGGACCUGUGAUCAAAAUACAUUGGCUGUUCGGUACCUCAGGGCUGUAUAUCUUUGACCCGCUGGCAAUGAGCCAUGUCAUCAAAGACACGGCAAAGUACGACGAGCCCUCCUGGUAUAUCGAGACCAACCACAUGAUGCUGGGCCCGGGGAUUCUCUCUGUCGCGGGAGACACGCACAAGAGGCAACGGAAGAUGCUCACCCCAGUAUUUUCAGCCAAGCAUCUCCGCACCGUCGUGCCUAUCUUCUACCGGGUCACCGACAAGCUCAUAGAAGCCAUCUCUUCUCGUGUGCCGACGCACGCUAAGGGAACGAACGUCGACGUCCUAGGCUGGAUGAGCCGUGCCGCGCUGGAAUUGAUCGGUCAAGCCGGGAUUGGCUACUCGUUCGACCCGUUGACCGAAGAUAAACCAGAUGCAUACGCCGAUGCGGUGAAGAACUUUGCACCAGUCACGACCGCCUCUGAGAUCCUACUCCUCCGGCAGUUGGCGCCAUUCCUAGAGCGACUUGGCCCGGCCUGGCUUCAUCGCUGGGUCAUGGAGAUGGUACCCGUGCGCAACGUGCGGCGUACUGUCCAGAUUACAGAUACUCUGUACGAACGUUCCCUGGAGAUCUUCCGAACGAAGAAGGCUGCGCUCGAAGCGGGCGAAGAUACCGAUGCGAAGGACAUCAUGAGCAUCCUGCUCCGAGCGAACAUGGAGGCGUCAGGUGAUGACCAGCUCCCGGAGGACCAGCUCCUGGGCUAG